GGCACUAUGAUUACACAUGAUUUGUUGUUUAUUUUCAUAUCCUUUGCUACGAUCAUAGCAACCUACCAACGAACGGAUGGAAUAGUUUGCGGUACAUCCGAAAUCGAAGGCCAGAUAGCAGAGGACAACUGUGCCAGUACGUUGUGCGCCGACCACCCUACGCCUCAACUAAAAAUGUCGACAAAAUUAUUUGCCUGUGAUUUUGAAGUGUUUGGAAUUGUUCAAGGAGUGUUCUUUCGCAAGUACACCCAAAAACAGGCAUCCAGUUUGGGUUUACGCGGAUGGUGUAUGAAUACGCGCGAUGAUACCGUUAAGGGACAGCUCGAGGGUGAGGAAAAAGCUAUGAACGAAAUGAAAUAUUGGCUGCAAACCAAAGGGAGUCCAUCGAGUCGUAUCGAUAAGGCGGUUUUUAGCGUCCCCAAGGAAAUAGUGUCCUAUUCGUUCAAGGAUUUCUCGAUUCGUCGUUGA